AUGUCACCAUCAGGCAGUGGAUUUCAUGAUGUAAAUGAAAAACUAGUCAAAUUUAAAGGAAAACCAUUGGGUUCUUGGAAAAAUGACCCCAGGGGUAUCUCUGAAUCACAUCCAUCUGUCUACGCAUGUCACAAAUUCAAUACUGGAUUAACUGAAUAUGUACACAGCAUAGGAUAUACCAUGGGAAUGUAUUGUAGGAAAGGUAUGAGAUUCUAUAAGGCCCCAAAUGUAUUGCUUUUCAUUGUUAUAACAGUAAUGUUUGUGAUAUUCAAAAUAUCAAGGGAGAAAUAUACAAUUGAGAUGAGACAAAGACAGCAUGGUACAAGAGAACCAAUAGAAAACAUGGCUGAAAUACUUGAUAGUGUAAGUAGCUCUAUAGGGACGUCGAUACCAGAUGAUCGAACUCAACAUUUUGAUGUUCAUGAUAAAAAGUCCAAUAUCCUUCAAUUUGGACCUCGGGUAACGGACAACGUUAAUUUACCUUGGAUUUAUAUGAUUACGCCCACCUACGAUCGACCACAGAGAAUGGCAGAUAUAACACGGUUGGCACAAACAUUGAGCCUGGUGCCCAACCUCCAUUGGAUUAUAAUUGAAGACAGCGACAAGCCAACUACUUUGUUACCCGCCACGGUUAGAAGGUUGGGCAUUCGACUGACAUAUCUCGCUCAAAAGUCAAUUAGGAUCAGAGCCAGUAGGGGCAUGUCACAGCGAAAUGUUUGUCUUAAGUGGUUGCAGGAAAAUCAUAAUGGUUCUGGAGUUAUAUACUUUGGAGACGAUGACAAUACUUACGAUAUAAGGAUCUUUGAAGAGAUGAGAUAUACAAACAAGAUAUCCAUGUGGCCCGUUGGUAUUGUGGCGAAUAUGAUGUUUGAAGGCCCCGUGGUGAAGAAUGGCAAAGUGAUAAAGUUUGUUAGCGGAUGGAGUGCUGGCAGAAAAUAUGCAAUCGACAUGUCCGGCUUCUCGUUUAGUGUCUCAUAUUGGAAAUCUCAGGCUUACCCAGUCUUCCCCAUUAAAAUGGUAAAGGCCGGUCACUAUGAAGACGAAUUCCUGAAAUUGCUAAAUUUCAAAAUGGCAGAAAUUGAACCAAAAGCUUCAAAUGGUACACAGAUAUUGGUAUGGCAUACACAAACUGUAAAACCCAAUGUGAAGAAAAUAACUAUAACAAAUGAUCUGAAAGGAACAAAUAUAGAAAAGCUACAGACGUGAUAGAACAACGCUACGUCAAUAGAAAGUAUUUAUUCAGAUCUCCAUAAGGGCAACAUGGCUUACUCAAGGUGAAAGUGUACCAAGGAUUUCUCAGAAAGAAAUGAACCAGAGCUUCCUCGAGGGGGAAAUGUAGCAGGAAACAUACAGGGCUUGCUCAAAGAGGAAAUGUAACAUAGGUUACUCAAAGAGGAAAUAUUCCAGGAUUUACUCAAAGGGGAAAUAUUCCAGGAUUUACUCAAAGACGAAAUGUUCCAGGGUUUACUCAAAUAGGAAACAUCUCAGUACAGGGCUUGCUCAAAUAGGAAAUGUGCCAUGGUCGAGGUUUACUCAUAGAGGAUAUAUGCCAGAUCUUACUCAAUGAGGAAAUGGACUUCCUCAAAAAAGGUUCUCUCAAAAAUAAGUAAACCAGGGGUUUCUCAAAGAGGAAGUGCAGGGUGGUCCAAAAAAAUGUGAACCCCUGCAACGGGCCAUAUUUCCCUUAUUACUAGCAGGAAUUCUUUUAUAUUUUCACAUGUUGUAGGGGAAGGUCUAAAAAAA